UUGGUGAUAGUAAGUCCACCUGACCAGAGUGUCGCUCAUGCCGCCAUCGUUCAUGCACGUUGGGCGGAGGAGAGGGCUGCGCACGCAAAUGUCAAAGCACUCAUACGACUAUUGAAGGACUUAAGGCGAAGAUAUGUUGGCUUCAAUCACCUUACUCCCUGGCAAGUCGAUCUUCUUGCCUUCCAUGCGGUCAUGCAUACCCCUACGGACGCUCCACUUCCACUUUCUGUUGCUUUCCGACGAGUCAUUCAACUUCUGGCUGCGGGACUGUUUCUUCCAGGUAGCGCUGGAAUUAUUGACCCCUGCGAACCACAAAGUCGGCGUGUUCAUGUUUCCCUAAGUCUCAUCCAGCAGGAUGAAUUGUGUUGUGCCGCUCAAACCAUGUGUACGAUCCUAAACCUUGGAAAGUUUUCCGCCAUCUUUUCCAAUCUGCAUCCUUCAAAGCCAAUAACGCUUGCGGAGCUUGUGGAGACAGCGAACGCCCUACCUGGAGAGAAAAUUGCGCUUCCUGAACCCAUCCACCUGGAACCGCACUUCACAGCACCCGAUACCACAGCUGAACCCGAAAUGGUUCCUUAA